AUGUCCGCCGAGCAAGACGUGAAGCUUCACGACUUCCAAAACAUCUUCCGGCUCGAUGGCAAGGUCGCCGUCGUGACCGGCGGUUCCCGCGGCCUGGGUCUACACGUCGCCUCGGGUUUCCUGCAAGCCGGCGCUGCCAAGGUCUACAUCACCUCGCGCAAAGCCGACGCCUGUGCUUCGGCGGUCAAGGCGCUCAACGCGCUGCCCAACAUCAAAGGCAAAGCCAUCUCCAUCCCCGCCGAUGCCUCCAAGAUCAGUGAGAUCCAGCGCCUCGUCGCAGAGGUCAGCAAGGACACGGACAAGGUCGACAUUUUGUUCGCCAACGCGGGCGCCACGUGGGGUUCGCCCUUUGAGCAGACGCCGGAGAAUUCCUUCUCCAAGGUGCUCGACCUGAAUGUCAAGUCGGUCUUCUACACGGCGCAGAAAUUCGCGCCUCUCCUUGAGAAGGCUGGCAAGAUUGGCGACCCGAGUCGGAUCAUCAUCACGGCCUCGGUGGCGGGCCUGGGCGUUGGCACGCUGGGCAACAACGCGACCUUCUCCUACUCUGCCUCCAAAGCAGCCGCCAUUUCGCUCACCAAGAACUUGGCGGUCGAGCUCGGACCCAAAGGCAUUACGACCAACGCGUGCGCGCCGGGCUUCUAUCCCAGCAAGAUGGCGAGCGGGCUGCUGGAGCUGGAAGGCGGUGCGGAAAAGAUGGCCGCAGAGAUUCCCGACAGGAGACUAGGUGAGCCAGAGGAUAUCGCCGGCCUAGUGGUUUUCAUGGCGAGUCGGGCGGCCAAGCACCUGAAUGGUGUGACCAUCACCACCGACGGUGGAGGGAUCUUGUCCAAGGGAAGGCUAUGA